UUCUUAACAUGGAGAUAUUCUCACUACUUUUCUUUUGUCGAGCACAAAGAAAAGAACAUUUUAGUUAAAUGUAAGUUGUGUCUUGGAUCAAAGAUCCCAUCUACUGCCCAAAACAGCAAUUCAAAUCUGCUGAAACAGCUACAAAAGCAACAUGGUUCGACGAAGCUAGUAAAGAGAGAGAGAGACUCCGAUGCCACUUCACCGGCUGGAUUUUAACGGAGGGACUGCUAGCCAGGACAACAUUGAUAGAGCCAUUGCAGCGUAUGUGCUAGAAGACAUGCAGGCUAUUUCUACAGUGGAGUCACCCGCUUUCAGGCAGCUAAUUAGCAUGACAUCGGGCAUCAAACAGCAAAUGGCACGAAAACAUUUUCCAAGUUCCUGGACACAGUGGACAGUGAGCACAUAAACAUGGAAAGCAAGCUAAAGAAGACACUCCAAACUCUGCCUCUGCUCAUCAUUCAGCACGGAAGGUGGAGCACAGCAGCUCCUCACUCCCCUCCGGGCUUUGGUGGAGGACACGUCCAUGUCUUCCUCCAAGGGGUCCAAGUGUGGCUUCACAAGCGUUAUCAAGUGUCUUCUAGACGUCCAUGAGUGGGACUGCUGGACUGCCCCCGCCCGUGGUGCUGGGCGUGGGCCUCAGCGGACCGUGGUAUCCGAGACCCGGCGCACUAGUCCGCGCUGACCAGCCGCCAGCUGCAGGGCAGAGGAGAGGUUUCGACACCCCACUGAGGUUGCCCUCGCUCCGGGGCCCCCAAAGGACACCACAUAGGCGCAGCAUCAACAUGGCUCGACUCAGCCUGAGUGAUCCCUCCCUCCACCACCAGAGGGACAACUUCCUAUUUGAAGGCUUCUGCUGUCUUCUGCCCAAGCGACCGCCGCCUUCUCUGCCGUCUUGCAGGUCUGCCCGCCAACCUGCCUGCCGGGUUCCCUCGCCUGCCUACAUUCACUUCGCCCACCCCAUCCAGCUGGGCUCCAGGCGCCACCCCGCCCGGCCUCCGUCCAACAGGCGAACGGCGAGCUCGCUACGCGGCGACCUCCGGCCUUCUGGGGCGCAGCCGCACAAUCCGCCAUCGCAGCCACACCAGCUGUGUGUGAUCGGGAAGCCGUGUGUUCUAAGCUGCGGUCGGCGGCCCGUCACGGCGGCUCCUUCGGGCGGUCCGGGGCGCCAGCAUCUCCACGUGUUCCUGCCCACGGAGGCGCAGGAAGAGGCGGAGCCUGCGGACGAAGACUUCCUGGAUGAACUGGUCGUUAAGAUAACGUCACUGAGGCUGCAGCAGGAAGACAACAGUGAACUUAAAACGCCGCCAUGAUUGUGACACUCUAAUUCAGUAGUGUCCAAAGUGCGGCCCGGGGGCCAUUUGUGGCCCGCAGCUCAUUUUUUAACGGCCCGAUUUUAAAAUGUAAAACAUUUUUAACAAUCCAUCCAUCUUCUUCCGCUUAUCCGAGGUCGGGUCGCGGGGGCUGCAGCCUAAGCAGGGAAACCCAGACUUCCCUCUCCCCAGCCACUUCAUCCCGAGGCGUUCCCAGAACAGCCGGGAGACGUAGUCUUCCCAACCUGUCCUGGGUCUUCCCCGUGGCCUCCUACCGGACGUGCCCGAACCACCUCAUCUGGCUCCUCUCCAUGUGGAGGAGCAGCGGCUUUACUUUGAGCUCCUCCCGGAUGACAGAGCUUCUCACCCUAUCUCUAAGGGAGAGCCCCGCCACCCGGCGGAGGAAACUCAUUUCGGCCGCUUGUACUCGUGAUCUUGUCCUUUCGGUCAUAACCCAAAGCUCAUGACCAUAGGUGAGGUUGGGAACGUAGAUCGACCAGUAAAUUGAGAGCUUUGCCUUCCGGCUCAGCUCCUUCUUCACCACAACGGAUCUUUUUUCAAAAAUAAUAAUGAAUCAAAAGGAAUGUUGUUUUGAGUUAUUUGACCCAGCAGGCAGAAGACGUUGAUACAACGUUGAUUAUACGUACAUGUCCUUUUAAACUGACUUUGAAACAACGUUGCAAAAUAGUUGUAUUUUUUCAUUUAAGACAACGUUGAUGUCCAAUGUUGGAUCCACCUUAUUGGUUGGGAAAUGACCAAAUUUCAAUGGUUGAAUCAACGUCGCAACCUGACAUUGAAUAAACGUCAAAAAGUACAUUGUUUCAAUGUUGUAUUUGUGUUGUCAAAUUUUAAUGGUGGAAUCAACGUCACAAGCUGACAUUGAAUAAAUGUAGACAAAAAGCAUGUUGUUUCAACGUGUUUGUGUUGUCAAAUUUUGGUUGGAAAAAUUACCAAAUUUUAAUGAUCGAAUCAACGUCACAACCUGACAUUGAAUAAAUGUAGUUUGUGUUGUCAAAUUUUGGUUGGAAAAAUUACCAAAUUUCAAUGGUCGAAUCAACGUCACAAGCUGACAUUGAAUAAAUGUUGUCUAAAAGUACGUUGUUUCAAUGUAUUUGUGUUGUCAAAUUUUAAUGGUCGCAUGUUGUUUCAAUGUAUUUGUGUUGUCAAAUUUUGGUUGGAAAAAUUACCAAAUUUCAAUGGUUGAAUCAACGUCACAACCUGACAUUGAAUAAACGGCAAAAAGUACAUUGUUUCAAUGUUGUAUUUGUGUUGUCACAUUUUAAAGGUGGAAUCAACGUCACAAGCUGACAUUGAAUAAAUGUAGACAAAAAGCAUGUUGUUUCAACGUGUUUGUGUUGUCAAAUUUUGGUUGGAAAAAUUACCAAAUUUCAAUGGUGGAAUCAACGUCACAACCUGACAUUGAAUAAAUGUAGUCAAAAAGUAUGUUGUUUCAAUGAUGUAUUUGUGUUGUCAAGUUUUGGUUUGAAAAAAGACCAAAUUUCAAUGGUCGAAUCAACGACACAACCUGACAUUGAAUAAACGUCAAAAAGUACAUUGUUUCAAUGUUGUAUUUGUGUUGUCAAAUUUUAAUGGUGGAAUCAACGUCACAACCUGACAUUAAAUAAAUGUAGUUUGUGUUGUCAAAUUUUGGUUGGAAAAAUUACCAAAUUUCAAUGGUCGAAUCAACGUCACAACUUGACAUUGAAUAAACGUCAAAAAGUACAUUGUUUCAAUGUUGUAUUUGUGUUGUCAAAUGUUAAUGGUGGA